AUGAAAAACCAGCUUUCUUCUGCUAGACUAUCUGUUUACGAUCACUUACGGUCCUCCUGCCAGUCCAGUUUCCCGAAUAUUGGCCGAUGUAGCAGCUCAUUUAUCUCUGCAGGAGCUGCCAUUCAAAUGGAAGAAGUAAGGGCUUCUGCCAUGAACAAAUGUUAUCAAAGCUCUCAGCCAAAGGAAGAGAUGCUUUCAAAAGCAUGUGGAAGUGAUGAUUCAGCAAUAGAACAUCCGGGAACAAUAUGCAAGCGGUCAAAUACAGUGGCCAGCUGCUUUGCGCCAACCAUUGAUCCACCUCCACAGGUAUUAUCGUUAUUUUUUAUUUGUGCACGUAUGUUAAAAGUUUGCAGGUUGCAUACCAACUGUUUUUUGUUGCCUUGUAAAAUCAGAACUUAG